UAAUCUGUGGUUAUAAGUCGUCGUUGUCGUCGGCAGGUCGUGCAAAAGAUUAUCCGAAAAGAUUCGCCGGUGACUGUGUUUACUCGACUUCUUCAUCCGGAUCUCAGAUUCAUUAAGCACAGACGUGAUUAUAUGAUUCGAUAAAUUUAUACGUCACUCAAAAUCGCACGAGAUAUGCGACAAAAAUAAAAUAAUCUGCACAAUACUUUCACAAUAUACGUACGUUCGCUCCGACGCAUAUUAUAACAAUUCUAUCGAUCGAUAUAAAACGCUAGAUGUCCCUCAAGUUCAACACAAGGGCAUAUAAGGUGAACAGCAUGUCGUAUCAGAAGAUUUUGAACAAACCAUAUCUCACAUGCGUACAGUAAGAAGAAGUAAGAAGAAGAGAGAGACAGAGGAUAGGAGGGAGAUAGGCGAAAUUUGUGGGCAAACAAGAAGAUUACCGAGAGAUAAGAUUACGCGGGCUUUUAACGCACCGUACGGCCGUGAUAAGCGUCAUCCAGUUUUGUGCCAGCAGAUCCGUUGAAUCGAUCUCUCUCCGAAAUGCCAGCCUACAGGUGGGUAAAUCGCGUCGGCACCCAGUCGCUGCCAGACACCGCGGUUCAAGGUGGCCGCGACACAGAUGGAAGUACAAUUUUCGUCGGCAGAGCUUUCCACGAGGGCGACAUGUUGCCGGCAAAAGUGAUUCCCGAAAAGGGUGUCGCUUACGUUUGUCACGGGGGCGAGGAACAUCCCAAGCACAGUUACGAAGUCCUCUGCCAAGGAGAAUUCGCAUGGCAAUUUGCCAGUAACGGUGAAGUACCAGCAGACGCGGUAGUCGGCGGUCAAACAUCAGACGGAGAACCUCUGUACAUUGGCCGUGUCCUCCAUAGCGGAUCUCAAACAAUCGGCAAGGUACAGCCGAGUCACGGAUGUCUAUACAUUCCCUACGACGGCGAGGAGCUAUCGUUCAAGGAUUACGAAGUGCUCGUCAUUCAUUAACUCGAUUAAAGCCGCCGCGGCUUUCAUAAUGUGAAUUUAAACACACGGUCGAAGUUAAUCGAUUCGGUAAUAAUCGCUGCAUCCGUUGGAGCGUGACGUACCGCAUGGAGAAUUAUCGCG